AUGGAGUACGAUCCCAAAGUCCCGACUUACCAGACUUCGGACCCCACGUCCUUCGCUCACAAGUCUGCACGGGAGCGAUGGCCGGCCAUCGUUACAGGUGCCAUAGACGAUGUUCACCGGACCGUCUCCAAGCUCCCAGACUCAGAGAAGGAUGUACUGACGGAAGGCAAAUCUAUCAUCUCGACCCUAGGGUCGUUGAAGUACGAGCUACAACAUAAUCGGACACUAACACCGAUCCCGGACGACGGAUUCCCAGACGUGGAAGGAUACAACAAGGAGCUGGCCGCGCGGGGACCCCCGACGUGGCACAACGUUGAGUGGCUGUUCUCGGAGUGCUACCUGUACCGACGGCUGGCGACGCUGUUCUCGCGGGCCACGACCAAGUUCUGGCGCGACUACGACCCGUUCCACCGGCAGAAGAUGGAGACGUUCAAGUCGUCGCGGCCGGCAGUGUUGGAGCUGGCGGCUGAGUACCGCGGAAUCAUCGAGCAGAUCGCGUCGUCCCAGGCGCACGCGCCGGUGGCCGAGGGCGUGACGGACGCACAGCAGAUCGCCGACGCCGAGCGGCUGCUGUUCGUGGAAAUGGCCGAGAUCUGCCUGUGGGGGAACGCUACCGACCUCAGCCUCCUGACCAGCCUGACGUACGAGGACAUCCAGAAGCUACAGGGCAGCAACGCGCGCAAGGAGUCCGAGAAGAACAUCCUGGUCAACGACCUGGGCCGGGCGUUCCAGGUGCUGAGCGCCGCCCUGCGGGAGGGCAAGGAGCACCGCCGCGUCGACAUCGUCCUGGACAACGCGGGGUUCGAGCUCUUCGUCGACCUCGUGCUGGCCGGGUACCUGCUCGCGACGGGUCUGGCCACCGAGGUGGUCAUGCACCCAAAGGACAUCCCGUGGUUCGUGAGCGACGUCGUGCCCAAGGACUUCCAGGCGCUGCUGCAGGCAAUGGCAGACCCGAAGGCGUUUUAUGAGGAUGGCGACAGCAAUAGUGAUGGUGACAAACACGCUUCAAAGGCGUCGCCGUCGCCAGCACCCCUGUCGGACGAAGAGGCUGCCAACGUCCAAUUCCUCUUCGACCACUGGAGCCAGCUGCACGGCGAGGGCAAGCUGAUCCUGCGGCCGAACCGGUUCUGGACCCACGCCGGCAGCUUCUGGCGCAUGCCGCACGUAGCGCCGACCCUGGUGGAGGAUCUGAAGGAGAGCGAGCUGGUCAUUUUCAAAGGCGACUUGAACUAUAGGAAGUUGACGGGAGAUGCUGCCUGGCCCGCCACCACACCCUUCACGGAAGCGAUCGGCCCACUUGGACCGUCGUCAGGUAUCCGAGUGCUGGCGCUGCGGACGUGUAAGGCCGACGUCGUGGUCGGGCUGCCCGAGGGCAAGGACGAGGAGAUCCGUGCCACGGCUGGCGGCGGGGGCGAUUCGGGGGCGAGGAUGUGGGCGUGGAGCGGGAAGUGGGCGGUCGUGCAGUUCUCGGAUGGCAAGGCUUGA